AGUGGAUAUAAAGAAAGAAACUGGAGAUAAAAAAAAUUACUUAUUAGAAGAAUAUAAAAAUUUUCUCUCUACUAGCCAAGAUAAAGCCAGUUUAGUGGCCAAAGCCCAAAACCCCAAUUUUAUUAUUAUAAUUGCUACUAAUAAUUUUGACCUAAUGGCAAUUUGGCAA